AUGCCAGCUAUCUCAGAAGCACAGAACAUGACGACCUCUCCCAUGACAUAUGGGAACGGCCACUGCCCAAAUAGCCAUACGUCUAAUGGCGUCAAUGGCAGAAGCAGUGUGAACGGUACUAAUGGCACCAAUGGAGUAUACUCGACAGCGAAUCAGUCGCGACUCCGGCCGGCCGUGCCGGAUGAAGUUCAAGACCUAAUCUGUGUUGGCUUUGGCCCUGCCAGUCUUGCGGUUGCUGUGGCUGUCCAUGAUACGCUUGAGGCGGGAACACUGGCAGCGCCGCCCAAGAUCUUAUUUCUCGAGAAGCAGCACGGGUUCGCCUGGCAUGCUGGCAUGCUCCUGCCCGGCGCCAAGAUGCAAAUUUCUUACAUCAAGGAUCUGGCCACGCUCCGCAACCCGCGUUCUGCUUUCACCUUUACAAACUAUCUCCACGAGAAUGGGCGUUUGGUCGACUUCACCAACCUCGGAACCUUCCUCCCUGCUCGUGCCGAGUAUGAGGACUACCUCCGCUGGUGUGCAAGUUCGUUCGACGAGUCCGUGAUCUACGAUAUAGAGGUCUUGGCUGUCGAUGCUGAUGUGCAGGAUGGCCAAAAGAUACAGAAAACCGCACACGAUACUGUCUCUACAUUCCGCGUCGUGGCCAGAGAUGUCACAUCUGGACGUGAACAGCUCUACCGAGCACGCAAUGUGCUCAUUGCCACAGGCGGCAAGCCGUCACUGCCGGUGUGCCUGUCCGCAUCCCACCCACGCGUCAUUCAUUCCUCUCAGUUUGCCCACCUUGUGCCGACAAUCCUCGACAACCAGCAUGCCCCGUACCGCGUGGCUGUCGUUGGAGCCGGCCAGAGUGCAGCUGAGAUCUUCAACAAUAUCCAAGAGUUGUACCCGAACUCGCAGACCUUUCUUGUGAUGCGGUCCGAGUUCCUCCGCCCCAGUGACGACUCUCCGUUUGUCAACUCUAUUUUUAAUCCCGAGUACAUUGACAGCUUGUAUCCCAAACCAGCUAGCUACCGAAGGAACCUUCUGGUUGAUGCCCGUCCAACCAAUUAUGGUGUAGUGCGCCUCGAAUUGAUUGAACAUCUCUACGACCGCAUGUAUCACCAGCGCCGCAAGCUCGGUACAGACGAAAAGAAGUGGCCGCACCGCAUCCUCGGGUCGACUCAGGUUGCCCGCGUCGAACCGGGCGAGAAGGACGCCCUGCGCCUGGUCGUGGAACCGGUUCAAAGCGGCACAUCAGCCGAGCCCGAAGUGCUGGAAGUCGACCUCGUUAUUGCAGCCACCGGCUACGAACGAAAUAGCCAUGUGACUAUGCUCAAGGGCCUGUGGCCCCUUCUCCCGGAAACGGAGUCCAAGAGGGCUACCAGCGGCACGGACGAUGACAGCAUCGGUACCUGGGAGGUGAAUGACACAACCGCGUCAGACGGUGCCUCCCCGACAAAGAUGCUCCGCGUUGCCCGCGAUUACCACGUCGAGUUUGACGCAACGCGCAUUGCGCCAGGCUCAGGCAUCUGGCUGCAAGGAUGCUGUGAAGGCACACAUGGUUUGAGCGACACACUGUUGUCUGUUCUUGCCACUCGUUCUGGCGAGAUUGUCGAAUCAAUUUUUGGUGCCAACAAACGAUGA